AUGUCAGCGCGCCGCGCCGAGAUUGAGGCGAAGCGUGCCAAGCUCGCAGAGCUUCGGCGGGCUCGUGAAGAGCGGGCUCGCCGGAUGCAGGCAAGCCGGGACGAGAGUGCCACGUCAACGGGCCCAGAGGCAACCGCGCCGUCGGUCGAUGAGUUGGUAGCCACGCUGCUCCGGCCUACGUCGUCCAUGACCGUAUCAGAUACAUCCGAGGUAGCAGCGCCAGAAAAGAAGGAGACACAGACCGAGCCGGGGCCCAGCGGCUCUUCACCACCGCCGCCCUCGAUGGACCAACACCACCACGUCGUGGAGGCCCCUCCGGCGCCGCAGCCCGACAAAAUCAUGUACACCAAGGAAGUACAAACCGAUCCACUGGAUGAGCCUGCGUCUGUGCCACCAAAUGCCGUGCCCUCAGAGCCGCUGCCAUCGCAAGACGACAUGGAUCAUGCGCCCUUGUCCGCCCCCCCCGAAGACACAGUGGAGCCCACACCUGUCCCUGUCACAUCCGACUUCACCGACUUUGUGCAUACCAAGGCCAUGGUCAUGGAACGUAUGCUGGACGAACAGUACGAUGUACUCACAGACUAUACCCACAUUCCUACGGAGGCCGAUGAGGCGGAGGCAGCCGCUGCAGCGUCGCUCCGGCAUGUACAUACCUUUAUGGACGAAAGCCUGUUCGAUACACGUGCUGUGACGGACAUCGACUGGUCCGCGAAGCACCCUGAGCUGGUAGCUGUCGCGUACAAUCGAAAACGCGUAUUGGCGCACGAUGACGAUCAUCAGGGGCUGGUCGCCGUGUGGAAUCUGCAUGUGCGCGAACGCCCUGAAUUUGUUUUUACGGCCCCGACAGAUGUCGUAAGUGUCCUGGCCUCGCCGUACCAUCCCAACCUGUUUAUUGGUGGUACCUACAGCGGGCAGGUCCUGCUGUGGGAUACGAGGCAUCGUGGUCUGCCUGUCCAGCGCACACCCCUUGCAUUUCGCAGUGGCGAACCAUUGGCGCACAGUGCGCCUGUGUACAGUCUGCGUAUGACCGGGCAUGCACAAGCGCCGCAGCUCGUAAGUGCAUCAACAGAUGGCGUCGUGUGUACGUGGUCGCUGGACAUGCUGGCGCGACCUCAGGAGACACUCCUCCUCUCUAAUCCAUGGCAUCCACGCAGUGCAGAAGUGGGCAUUACGUGUCUAGACACGGCCCCCAACGAUGCCUCACGAUUCCUGGUAGGCACAGAAGAAGGCAACAUUGUAGCAGCCCAGCGCUACGACCGUGCAGGAGUCGCGGCCGGUUUGGACUUGUCGCGUAUCUACGUCGGACACUCUGCACCGGUUACACGGCUGGAAUGCCAUCCCUUGCCAGCAGCCACAGAGCCUGUGCCAGCCUCCAUGACGGAUUUGUUCUUGACGACAAGUAUGGAUUGGACAACCGCGUUAUGGCGCGCCACACCACCCCUACCACGGCCUACCGCCAGCACGCCGUCGACGUACACAUACCCCCAUGCGAAUCCACGCAUCGCGAGUCAACGCGCGCCGACACGAACCAGUGCGGGGACCACCACUCCCAUGCCGACAUGGACGCCCAUUGCACCCUUGCUUCGCUUUGAAAAUCAGCACGAUUAUGUUAUGGAUGCACGCUGGCAUCCACAGCAUCCAGCUGUGUUUGCGCAGGUCGAUGCCGGUGGGCAUGUCGACGUAUACCAUCUCACACAAAACAUGGAACGCCCGAUCCUCAGUGCCGUCACGCCUGGCCAACGUGGCCUCAAUCGUGUGGCUUGGGAAAAGCGAGGUGACGGGGCGGAGCCUGGCUCUCAUGUAGCCACGCGAUUGGCUGUGGGAGGCGUGGACGCGCGUGUCCACAUCUACGAAGUCGCGGAUGCGAUCGUGACAUCACGUGGGGACGUAGAGUGGAUUGAGAUGGAACAGGCGCUUACGGCGGCGGCAACGUCGGCCGCGGCGGGGAUGCCCGCAUCAGGGGCCGCGUAG